AUGCCUGGUAUCUUGCCCAUGAAAGUGAUCAAGGUCGGCGGCACUGGUACGACGAGCCGCAUCGCCCAAGCCUGUGACCGAUGCCGAAGUAAAAAGAUCCGCUGCGACGGUGUCCGACCCUGCUGUUCACAAUGCGCCAACGUUGGCUUCGAAUGCCGUACUAGCGACAAACUGAGCCGUCGAGCAUUCCCCCGGGGGUAUACCGAGUCAUUGGAAGAGCGAGUCCGCAGUUUGGAGACCGAGGUCAAGGACCUGAAGGAUCUUUUGGAUGAAAAGGACGAGAAGAUCGACGUGCUGUCCCGGAUACAUUCAUUCUCACCACCCUCACAACGAGCCGCCUAUGCUCGGUCUCCCUCCGCUUCCGCGCCGGUAAAAUCGACUAGCUCGGAGUCAUCGGAGGGUGUUAUUCAUGUGGAGAGAUCCUCAAACCGGAAGUCCCGGUCAUUGCAGAACCCUUUCACCGGGUUUUCUAGCACGCAAGGCUUUGCGGACGUCUUUAACGACAAGCUGGUCAGCGAAGGAAAGUCUGUGGCCAAAAUAUCCACCGAAGCACUCACCGCUUUGCCGGCCUCGGUAUCUCAGGGUGCACCGAACCAGGCUGUGAAGACGCCACCCCGCUUGGUGUCGGACCAGCUGAUUAACAUCUUCUUCCAAGAAUGGGCACCACUGUACCCCGUGGUACACCGCCCGACUAUCUUGAAGGCGUAUGAGCAAUAUCUCAACAAUGCCGAGAGCUUGCAGCGCAAUGUCCAUGUCAUGGCCCAGUUGAACCUGAUCUUUGGCAUUGCGGCACUUUCAUCGAUGCCAAGAACCAGUCAAGAUCCUACUUUCUUUGAACAAAACUGGUCAGCUACUCUUGAUUCAUUGUCGAGUGAAACAUCAGUUGCUAGUUUGCAAUGCUUUGUCCUCGGCCAGAUCUACUGCAUGACCAAGGGUGAUUAUCGCACAUUGCUCCGCUAUCGGGCUCUGGGAGUGGAUAUUUGCCAUCAACUGGGUCUACAUGAAAAAGAGGAUAGUUCGGCCAAUCCCCUGGAAGGUGAGACCCGGAAGAAGGUGUUCUGGUCUCAGUACGUGCUGGAUCGAUUCUGCUCCGCAUUCACUGGUUUGCCCGUUCUUUUGCGCGAAGAAGACAUCCAAGCAGAGUACCCUGUGGACGUGGACGAUGAAAACGUCACCGAGACUGGUUUCUUGCCCACUCUCCCCGGCGAGUCUACCCGCAUUUCGAGUGCCAUCGCUCUCUUCGGCGCCGCGAGGAUUUUGAACCAAACUUUGGGGGACCUUUACCCAUCAAAAUCUGGAUACGAUGUUAGUGUUGCGAAGAUGCGCUCAGUUUCUGGACAGUUGGAUGAAUGGCUUCACAAAUUGCCCGCUCAUCUUCGUCUUGAAUUCAGUCAAGAUAAGCCGAGCACAAAUGUCACAAGCAGCCGCUCUCCACUCCUGUCCCUUGUCUACUAUCUGAUUCGCUCUUUAAUUAACCGCCCGGCCGUUUGCUUUGCCGAUGACAGCCUUCGCUCUCCGUCGGUCUUGGCGCUAUCUGACUCCGCAAAGCAUAUGCUUCAAAUUCUCGAUCUACUCGACGAGAGACGACUGUGUCUUUCCUUCAGCAUCAGCCGGAUGGAGCUGGUUUUCCUUUCCGGACUUGGGCUGCUUUGGCAAACUCUCGGUGUUAAGCGUGACAGCAAACUGGCCAAGGAAUCCCAAAAGCUACUUGGCUCCGUCAUGGUGCAUCUCGGAGCGGAGUCAAGUGCCGCUGCUGCCGAGUUUGGUACACUGUCCAACACCCUAGUUUCUCUACACACUGAGAGACGGCCAUCCAUGGGUAAACACCAAACGUCUCAAGAGAUGAUUGCCCCGGCACAAAAGCCAAGCAAAUCGCCGAAAAAGCACGCGCAAGACCCUAAGUCGCGGGUUGUCUCCUCUGUGCGCGACCAGCACAAUCAACAAAUCCUAUCGCCUCAAUCUCGCCGAAACACUAUCUCCGGUGCUACACCCCCUCACGUUGUCCAGACUCUCCGGUCGCCAAGCUGGACGAGUCUCCCACCUUCUCAAUCCGAUCAAAUUCCUGGUCCGCCUUAUCAAUCUCCUCUCGACCGCAACCCGGAUCCCCGUAUUGUUGGUCCCAUGGGAUACGAACACCAUCGCUCCAUGUCCUGCUCCACGCCCUCUGACCCUGCUACCAGUGGCAUCACGAUGGCCGACUGGGAAUACGUCCUCAGUGAUAUGGACCGCGGCUACUCGAACAUCUUCACUGGAAUUUACGGUGGUAAAGAAUGCGGCGAGGACCCUGGUCCCUUCGCCUCCAUCACGGCAGAAUACAACCGCAAGACCAACGACGCACCCUUGAACAUGCCUCAGCCCGAACUGCACGAUCUCUCACCUGAAGCCUGGUCUGCCAGUAGUGGUGAACUCGCUCCUCAACAAGGACACACCGCACAGAGUGUCCUCAGCUACUCCAGCGAGAGUAUGGGCAGUGCGGAUGACUCGCUGGCGCCGUAUCCCGAUGUUCUUCCCGAGGACAUCAAUACCCUCGAUCCGUUCCAUGCUUUCGGCAUGCCCGAGGAGAAGAUCGAGGAGUUCGAUGAAUUUGGCCUUGCAAAUGGCUGGGACCGACGGCUGGCCGUCUAG